AUGGUUUUGAUUAGAUCUGUUGAUGCAUCGAAUAUUGUUAAGGAUGCUCAAAAUCUUUGCAACUUAUUCAUGGAUAUGGCUGCUUUUGCUAAUGCAGAUAAUGUUGUCCACUUGAUAACUGAUAAUGCAGCUAAUUACAAAACUACUGCAAGGUUGUUAAAUGAUAAGUUUCCUUCUAUUUUCUGGUCCCCUUAUGCUACCCAUUGCUUAAAUUUGAUUUUAUCAGAUAUUGGCAAAAUGGAGAUUAUUAGUAGCUUAGCAACACGUGCAUCCAUGAUUUCAAAAUUCAUUUACAACCAUGUCUUUUUGCUAGCUUGGUUAAGGAAAAGAGAAGGUUGGAUAGAAAUCAUCUGCCUCAGAGCAACACAGUUUGCCACUACUUUUAUUGCCUUGAAAAGUAUCUAUGAGCACAAGCAUGAUAUUCAAGCUUUAAUAACAAGCAAGACAUUUGUAGAAUCUAGAUACUACAAGGAUUCAAAGGCAAAGGAUGUCACAAUGAUUGUAUUGGACAACCAAUUCUGGAAUAAUUGUAAAAUAGUUGUUGAAAUUGUAAAACCACUUGUGAGAUUGUUGAAAAUUGUUGAUUCUAAUGACCGACCUUUACUUGGCUAUGUUUAUGAUGGCAUGUACAGAGCAAAAAGAGCUAUAAAGAAUACUUUCAGGCACAAAAAAUCCUUGUACAAGCCUUACACAAGUAUUAUUAAGAGAAGAGUUGCUAACAAGAAGAAAGCUUUGGAUCCUGUUGAUUAUGAAAGUAUUGAUCAGAUUGAUUAUUGGGUAAUAGAAGAAGAUGAUUGUUCUUUACUCAAUAUUGAUGAUAUAGAACGAGAUCUCAUUUAUGAUGACACAAUAUUAUCAAAAGCUAUCAUUCAUCAAGAGGAUGAGGAAGAUAAUGAGCAAAGAGACAACGUGGCAUAUGGUGAAGCCAUUGGUGGACUUGAUUUACAAUUACUUUCUCAAGAGGAUGUUAAUAGCUUUAGUGAAGAUGUUGAUACCUUUGAGCCUGCACAUGCUUGGAUUAACCAAGAUCCCCCAAUAUUUGAUAAGCAAUAA